AUGAGCUCACCACCCACACCCGGAUCCAACCACGGGCAUGGAACGGAAGGAACUGGCAGGCCCAGCUCCCGCCCAGAGAAACGCACCUGCAUCACCUGCCGCGCUCGCAAAGUCAAAUGCGAUGGCCGGCCAGACAAGUGCACCAACUGCGAGCGGCUAGGCUUCACCUGCUCUUACGACCCCAACACCACCGUCACCACGAGCAUCAACGCCGGCGUGGGAGCUAGUCACCCAGUCACCUCCCACGAACCCUUCUCCGUCGACAGGCUGGCCCCAACAGAGACGGAGGGAAACGCAUCCACCAGUACCACCACGAUAGCACCAGUGGUGGGAUUAAGGAGGAUCAGAGCCCGACAGGCUUGUCAGAGUUGUCAUGUCAAGAAAGCCAAGUGCUCCGGAAUCAUCAACAAAUCCGGGCCAGGAGGAAGUGGAAGCGGAGGGUAUCGGGGUUGCGAACGAUGUCGGGCUCUAGGAAUUGCAUGUGUCCUUAGGAAGGGCAAGCGAGGCCUAGCUCUACCAGGGAUAAACAAUUCCUCCCUCGGUGACGCCAGCGAAAUGGUUCUAGACGACGGAGGCAACGGCAUGCAUCUCGACGACCCCCGAGAUUUAGACGACGACAUGAACCACAAUGGCAACGGCAGCAUAGGUGGCCGGAGCACCGCCAGUCCCGCUCCCAUCCCCAGCAACAACCCAGGAGCAUCCGGCCGCAUCGACCUCCCCCAACCCGACGAUCCGAUAGUCAAGCGCGCGUUUGACAACUAUUUCCGGCACGUCCACCACCUGCCUAUGUUCACAUUCCUUCACCGCGCUUCGCUGAUGGAACGCUACGACGCCGGCCUGCUCGACCGCGCCCUGCUGCUCGCCAUCGUCGGCAUAGCCGCGUUACUAACCGACCUUGGCCCCUCCGUCUCCGUUGCCGACCCAGAAUUAUUUUCCAACCGAUGCAUCGACGAGGCUGCCUCCAUUUGCACAUCCGAACUAGAAAACAGAAGCAUCACCCGCCUCGAGGCUUUGGUAAUCGUCGUCAAGCAUCGAAUUCUCUCAAAACGCUUCUCAGCAGCCUUCAUGCUACACGCACUUACUUCAAGAUUCGCAAACGUGCUCCGCCUAAACGUCGAAAACCCAGCCCUCUGCUUUCUCGCCCAGGAAUCCCGCCGCAGACUCAUGUGGUCCAUCUACAUGAUUGACGCUUGGUUCGCCAAUGGGCAGACCGAACUCGCCCUCUGGCCGGAUCCAGAACGACAAAUCCGCGUUCAAUUGCCAUGCAACGAGCGUAACUUUGAUUUCGAUCUGCCGGAAGUCACCGAACCACUGCGCCUACCAUUACCCGGUCCAUCCGGACAACCAAUCCAGCUCCCCGACGCUGUGGGAUUCACGGCCUUGCAUAUCCGUAUGCACUGGCUAAGGACGCGGAUCCUCCAGCUUUCGCUGCGCGUCGUGGGGCCAAACCCUGACCCGAACGAGCUGAUGCAACUCCCGCUCAGGUGCGCGGAGUUCAAAGCGGAGCUGGACUCGUUCGAAGCGAGGCUGCCGCCUUCGUUCCGGUGGAGUGAGUCGAAUCUCCGGUUACGGUCCUACUCUACGAGGCUGGGCAUCUUUUUCAUGACACAUGUCUGGUGGAGGCAGUGCCACUUGGACUUGUAUCGACUCUUCUUACCAGGACUGAAGGAGGCAUUGUCGGCAAGUAGUUUGGCGCAGCUGGCUGGGAGCGCUAUUGGUAGCCCCGCGGCUCCAGGACAAGGACAAUGGCAGGGACAGAGUGGCCAAAGACAAGGGCUGGUGGAAUGGGCAAGACAAGAGUGUUAUAGACACGCUCGCGCGAUGGCGGAUAUGUUUGCUCAAGUACUGGCUUUGGGAGAGAGCAGUGUGCCGUUGGGGGAUGUGGAUCUGUCCGGGUGCGCCUUGCAGUGUGGACGGGUGUUGUAUCAUUCGUUUCAAACUCGCGAAAGGGGUCAGUCGCCGGCUCCGUCGGCGGAGGGAGUGAGGGAGAUGGUCAGUGUUUGUUUGAGGGUCGCGAGGUUGGCGUGUCCGGGGCCGGCGAGCAGGGCUAUUCAAACCGACAUCGAAAAACUUUUAGCCGAAGGCCUCCCCAUUAGCCAAGUACAAGUUCCCCAGACUCCUCGACGCAACGACCUCCUAACACCCACCACUCCCGCGCCCUUCUCUCCCGGCCCACCAUUUGUCGCCAUGGCCGGUCCCAUCCCCUUGAUCAACAACCCGCACGAACUCAGCCCCUCUCAAAGUCUGCUACAACCAGCAAUGGCACCGCCCGUCCCACCGCAUCCUCAACAAGCACAACAACCAACAUCCCAAAUGCUUCCACCCCUCUCGAGCUCCGCACCACCCCCACUGCAAGUAGGUCCAGGUGGUGUAAACCCAGGUAUUGCACCUUCCCAAGCCUCCGCCAUAACCACCGGCUCCAACGCCUUUGAAGAGAUACUGAAUGUGAACGGCAUCAAUUUCGGCGGGGUCGGUAUGGGCAUGACUGAGUUCUUUGCUCCCGACGCGUGGGGGUUGGGAUUGUCGCCAUUUCCGAUGGGGUUGGGCGGUGGUGGUGACUGGACGGUGCAAGGGCAGGAACAGGAACAAGGGCAGGGCAAUGGAAAUCAGAAUGGGAAUGGGAAUGGACAGCAGUUUCAUGGGGAUCAUGGUUGAUGGGACGUUCUGAGAGAUGGUACCCUAUGUGGGGGGAAAAAAGGAGAGGAGGAUAAGAGAAGGACGGAAUAGGUGUGAGGACAUCUUCGGCGUGGAAGGUGGAAGCAUUACGUCGUUAGGUCAGGGAGAAGGUGGGAUUAAUUGCUGGGAGGUGGCACGUUGAUGCAACAGGUGAUCCAUUUGUUGCAGUUGUUGUAAAGAUAAGUCAUGAGUAGAAACAUACCCCCAGCGGGAAGUUAAUGAGAUACCCCUUUCAUCAUCAGG